CAACUUGUAUUUCUGAUCGCAAUAUCCGUCCCAUAACCACCGGAUUGCCUUGCAUAUAGCUAGCACCCACAGCAAGACAUCUCGUCAUUAUGAGCUUCAAGCAUAACACGGCCAAAGUAUCGACGGGCAUCGAUGUUCACUACGUCGAAGCUGGCGACCCAAGCGACCCUUGCGUCAUCUUGAUUCACGGCUACCCGCAGACAUGGUACAUGUACCGUCACGUCAUCGCCGACAUGGCCAAAGCCGGCUACCACAUCAUCGCCCCAGACUACCGAGGAGCCGGGCAGACGUCCUUGUCCCCUACACAAGACUCCAAGGAAGAUACCGGGUACGACAAGUUCUCCAUGGCCGCGGACUUGCACGCCUUGUACAAAGAGGUAUUGGGGGUGGACAAGGCGUUCAUCGUCGGGAUCGAUAUCGGGAGUAUGGUAGCUACGGCUCUGGCCUUGAAGUAUAGGGAGGACGUGAUCGGGUUGUUCGCUUCAGAAUGCCCUCAACCUGGGACCAAGGCGUAUGAAAUCUCCACCACCUCAGACGUCUGGAAGUACGAGAGGGUGUAUCAUUUCUUCUUCCAUACCGCGCCUGACCUACCGGAAGCGUUGACAGAGGGCAAAGAGGGGUUGUAUAUCAAGAGCUUUUACGAUCGAUUGACGAGCAAACCCGACUUCCUCACCCCCUCCGACCAAGCCGAAUACACCUCAGCCUUUUCCGCUCCAGGCCGGAUGAAGGCGGGUUUCGAAGUCUAUCGAGCGUUCCGGCGAGACUGCGUAGAUGUCAAGCGGGAGAUUGGGGAGAAGGGCAAGUUGAGCAAGGAAGUACCCGUUUUGGCUUCUGGUGGAGAAAAGAGCCCUUUGAGCGAGCUCGCUCAUGGGAUGAUGCAAGAGUUGGCGGAGAAUGUCACUUUCGAACUCGUCCCCGAUAGUAUGCACUGGAUCCCAGAGGAGAAUCCUGAAGGGUUCGUCGAGUUGCUAACCAGGUGGAUGGGUCGAGUUCGGGAAGAACAGAAGUAGCUGGCAUCACUCGCAAACAAACACGUUGU